AUGUAUGCCGUACAAACCUUUAUUUUAUUGAGAAAAGAACAACAACGUCAAGCAGCUCAACGUCUUCUUAAUCGUAUAUGUGCACGAACGCAGGCUCGUGCACGAAAAGAUACAUUAGAAGAAGCUCAUGAAGAUCCAACAACAAUCAAAUCUUAUUUUCGUACGACGAGUUCAACAAAAGCAACCACGAAUGAUUCAGAAUGUGAAAUAGAUUUAGUAGAGCACGAGAUAAAUUUACAUAAAUAUGGCAUUAAAGGCUACAAAUGUACAUUAAUAUUCAAUAAAAGCUUAAAAGUGGGUGCUGGUACACGUGAUCGUUUAAAAAAGAAUACCAAACUACUCGCCUACGAAGAACUCAAAAGUUUGACAAGAAAGACACCAAAAGAAAAUCUGGUGUUGAAAAAAACACGGGAUGGCUUCUGGAAUGUGGCUAUUAAAGUUAUGAACAAAAAAUAA